CUCAGCCCCUCGGAGCCUAUGAGUCAGCACUGCUCUCAGGAUUGGUCUGUCCCUCAGCUCCACGCCCUUGGGGAGGAGCCAGGCAGCUCUGGGUCCAGCCAGGUCCCUUCUCUGCCAGAGAAGAGGCUCAACGCUGGGCUGGGCGGGGAUGGGGCCCGAAACUGUCCAGGGCUGAGCCGGGGGAGCAGAAGCCACUUGUCCCUCUCCCUCCCCAAGACCCCCUGCCGCUCCUGGGCCACCGGGGUCCCUCGGGCUAAAGGCCUGGGGAUGCCCCCUGCCUGGCCCCCUUGCCACAGCUGGCAGGGGGGCCGGGCCGGGCAGCAGCCCUGCUCUUAUCCCAGCCAUGGAUCUCUUGCCCCCCAAGCCCAAGUACAACCCACUUCGGAAUGAGUCUGUGUCCUCGCUUGAAGAGGGGGCUUCAGGGUCGACGCCUCCGGAGGAGCUGCCAUCCCCCUCUGCCUCCUCCCUGGGGCCCAUCUUGCCUCCCCUGCCCGGUGACGACAGCCCCACCACCCUGUGCUCCUUCUUCCCUCGGAUGAGCACCCUGAAGCUGGCCAACCCAGUUGGGGGACGCCCGGGAUCCAAAGGGGAGCCAGGCAGGGCGGCAGCUGAGGACAGGGAGGGGUUUGCAGGGGCAGCCAUGCCGGACUCAGGCCCCCUGCCCCUCCUCCAGGACAUGAACAAGCUGAGUGGAGGCGGCGGGCGCAGAACUCGGGUGGAAGGGGGCCAGCUGGGGGGCGAGGAGUGGACCCGCCACGGGAGCUUUGUCAAUAAGCCCACGCGGGGCUGGCUGCAUCCCAACGACAAAGUCAUGGGACCUGGGGUUUCCUACUUGGUUCGGUACAUGGGUUGUGUGGAGGUCCUGCAGUCCAUGCGCGCUCUGGACUUCAACACCCGGACCCAGGUCACCAGGGAAGCCAUCAGUCUGGUGUGUGAGGCUGUGCCAGGUGCUAAGGGAGCCACCCGGAGGAGAAAGCCCUGUGGCCGCCCACUCAGUUCCAUCCUGGGCAGGAGUAACCUGAAAUUUGCCGGAAUGCCAAUCACCCUCACUGUCUCUACCAGCAGCCUCAACCUCAUGGCCGCCGACUGCAAACAGAUCAUUGCCAACCACCACAUGCAAUCUAUCUCAUUUGCGUCCGGCGGGGAUCCGGACACAGCUGAGUAUGUCGCCUAUGUUGCCAAAGACCCUGUGAAUCAGAGAGCCUGUCACAUCCUGGAGUGUCCUGAAGGGCUUGCCCAGGAUGUCAUCAGCACUAUUGGCCAGGCCUUCGAGUUACGCUUCAAACAAUACCUCAGGAAUCCACCCAAGCUGGUCACCCCCCACGACAGAAUGGCUGGCUUUGAUGGAUCGGCUUGGGAUGAAGAGGAGGAAGAGCUCCCUGACCAUCAGUACUAUAAUGAUUUCCCGGGCAAAGAACCCCCUCUUGGGGGGGUGGUAGACAUGAGGCUUCGAGACGGAGCCGUCUCCGGGGCUGCCCGACCCCCCCCACCCAAUGCCCAGACCCCCAGCCACUUGGGAGCCACUCUGCCCGUAGGGCAGCCUGUCGGAGGAGAGCCGGAAGGCCGCAAACAGAUGCCGCCUCAACCACCCUGCCCAGGUAGAGAGCUCUUUGAUGAUCCCUCCUAUGUCAACGUCCAGAACCUAGACAAGGCCCGGCAAGCAGCAGGAGGGGCUGUGCCCCCCAACACCACCACCAAUGGCAGUGCACCCCGAGACCUCUUUGACAUGAAGCCCUUUGAAGAUGCACUUCGGGUACCUCCGCCUCCCCAGUCGCUGUCCAUGGCUGAGCAGCUGCAACGAGAGCCCUGGUUCCAUGGCAAGCUGAGCCGGCGGGAGGCCGAGGCGCUGCUACAGCUCAACGGGGACUUCCUGGUGCGGGAGAGCACCACCACUCCUGGCCAGUAUGUGCUCACUGGCCUACAGAGUGGGCAGCCCAAGCACCUGCUGCUGGUGGACCCUGAGGGUGUGGUUCGGACGAAGGACCACCGCUUUGAGAGCGUCAGUCACCUCAUCAGCUACCACAUGGACAAUCACUUGCCCAUCAUCUCUGCGGGCAGCGAACUGUGUCUCCAGCAGCCAGUGGAGCGGAAACCAUGACCUGGCACCCCACCCCACCCCGGGGGCUGUCUUGCAAAAGAUGCCCUCUGGCUCCUCCCGCCCUAGUCCCUCACUCUCAGGACCUGGAGUGGAAGCUGCGAGUUAUGUGGACCCUGGGGUUAGCGUUCAGCUGAGAGUGGGCAGGAGGAUUUGAGUCAGGAGCCUGGGGUAGAAUCCUGCUUCUCCCCAAACCUCACCAAAGUAUUAAUGUGCAGAGUGGCCCCCCUACCUGGGCCUUGCCUGUGCCAACCUGAUGCCCCCUGCCAUCAAUAAGAUA